AUGCCCAACGCGGCCCUGCUGCUGCUGGCGCGGGAGGUGGGCGGGGCGCCGCGCUGCACGCCGGCCGACGGCACACCCACCGGCGCGCGGCUGCAGCGCUGGGCAGAGGCCAGUCUGACGGCCCACUGCAGCGCCAGCUAUGCCUCCUUCCAGCCACCGCCCCGCUCCACCAUAGCGCUCUCAUACAACUGCGACGGCACGCUGCUGGCAUCCACGCAUGGUGACCACACCGUCAAGCUGAGCUCCUGCUCCAGCGGCAAGCUGGUGCGCGUGCUGUCAGGGCACCGCCGCACGCCCUGGGUGGUGCGCUUCCACCCCCGCAAGCCAAACCUGCUGGCCUCGGGGUCGCUCGACCACGAAGUGCGGCUGUGGGACGCAGACACGGGGCAGUGCAUUGCGCGGCACACGUUUGGCAAGCCCAUCGCCUCGCUGGCCUUCCACGUCAGCGCCGAUGUGCUGGCCAUCGGCUGCGGGCACAAGCUGUACAUGUGGGAGUACGCGGCGCAGGGCAAGCUGCCCGUCAUCGUGCUCAAGACGCGGCGGUCGAUGCGAGCGGUGCACUUCCACCCCCAGGGCCUGCCCAUUGUGCUGACGGCCGAGGUUCAGGACCCCUCUCCCACGCCAGAGCUGCCCGCCACGCUCACCGAGAGCGGGCCGUACAUGCAGGAGGAGGUGGAGGAGGAGGCGGCAGCCGGCGCGGCGCCUAUGGAGGCCGAGCCUGCGGCGGCGGCAGCGGCAGCAUCGGCGGAGGCCAUGACGCCCCCAGGCUCGGGCGAGGUGCCUAUCCCCUCGCCGCAGCUGCUGGGGGGCGUCGCAGCCACCACGCUGCCGCGGGCGCACCCCUCUGCGGCGGGCGUGUAUGUGGCGACCGCCGCCGGGCCUGUGCCCGUGGGCCAGUUUGCGGCGUCCGCAGCGGCAGCCAUCCAGCCCAACCAGCCCUUGCGGAUCCCGGAUCUGCCGGCGGCGGCGCUGGCGCUGAGCGGCCCGCUGCACCACCUGCACCUGCGGUCUGGCGCGGCCAGCCCACCGCCGCAGCAGGCAGAUGCAGCAGCAGCAGCAGGGCCUCGCGGCGCGGGCGGCGACCGGCAGCAGCAGGGUGCCGCCGCCGCCACCUCCGGCCGCCCCGGAGCGCCUGGCUGGGUGCCUCCUGGCUCUGGCCAGCUGCCGCCAAGCAUGGUGCCCACCGGCUGGGAGCUUCCCUUCCCCUCGAAUUUGUUCGCGGGCGGGCAGCCGACUGCGGCCGGGCCGGGGCAGGCCGGCAGCGACGGCGGCGGCGGCUGGGCGGCCACCGCAGCCAGCCUGCCGCAGGUCAUGGCUGCGUUCAGCGCCGCCGCCUGGAACAUCAUUGGGGAGGAGCAGCCGCCGCGUGUGCGGCUGCGCAUCUGGAGGUUCGAUGUGAACAAGCCCACCGGGCUGCUGGCUGUGAUGGGCGCGGAGCAGAACAGCGGCAACCUCCGGCUGCAGAUCUCGGACGCAGUGCUGUGCUCAGAGAUGGGCGUGCACUUCAGCCCCUGCGGCCGCUUCCUGGCGGGCACCACCGCCUGCCGCGGCCCGCUGCCGGCGGCCGUUGGUGCGGGCACGAUUCUCGGGGAGGAGGAGGGCGGCGCGCCCUCGCAGCAGGAGAUUGACGCCGCGCUGGCUGCCGCCCUGGGCGGCAACACGGCUCGCGCAGAGGCGCUGCUGUCGCGGCACGCCCAUCUGGGGCCGGGCAUCCCGGAUGCCGCUGGCCUGAGGCCCGCCGCGAUGCGGUCCUCUGGCGCCGCCAGCGACAUGUUCACAACGCCUCCUCACCGGCCCCACGGCGCCGCGGCGGGGGCUGCAGCCGCGGCGGUGGAGGCGGCCGCCGCGGCGGCUGCGGCGCAGCCGCGCCCCGAGCGCGUCGUGUUUGAGGUCCGCGUGUACAGCCUGGAUGGGCCCAACUUUGGGCAGGUGGUGCGCGCCAAGCGCAUCCGCGCCGCGCACUGCCUGACCAGCGUGCAGUUCUCGCCCUGCUGCGGCCACAUGCUGCUGGCCUACGGCAAGAAGCACAUCAGCCUGCUGCGCUCGCUGGUGGCCGACCGCGGCUCGGUGGUGCCGCUGCACACCAUACUGGAGGUGUUCAGGCUGCGCGACAUGGCGCUGGUGCGGGUGCUGCCGUCUGCCGACGACGAGAUCAACGCCGCGUGCUUCCACCCGCGCGCCGGCGGCGGCAUCGCGUACGGCACCAAGGAGGGCCGCCUGCGCAUCAUCGCACACGACCGCUCGCAGCUUGCUGAGGAUGGGGGCCCCAGCAGCAGCAAGGCGCCGGCAGGCAGUGGCAGCCGCACCGCCGGCGCAGGCAGCGGCGUAGAUGAGGACAACCACCCCACUCAGCGCGAGCUGGACAACCUCCGCGAGUUUGUGCUGACGCAGCAGUGGCUGCGGCAGCAGACGCUGGGCGACGCCUCCGGCGGCGCCGCAGCGGCGGCGGGUGGUGGCGCCGCUGCGGCAGGAGCCGCGCAGCAGCUGCAGGCUAUGCAGCAGCUGUGGGAGCAAGGCGGCCGUGGCGGCUGA